GUCCAAAUGUACUCCAUGUAUACUCUGUGAAAGUUGGAUGAGGAAAUAAUUGUAAAAGCAAUGGACUAAUUCACAUGAUUUACCAUGACUAAAGCAAGGUAACUGAAGGUUGGUGAGAAGGCCUUAUGCAUACAUAUAAACUGACCAGUAGAGUAUGUCACAGUAUGUAUUUGAAAACUGAAUUGAUAAAUAAGCUUGUACCUUUUCUGGAAUUCUCAGACAAGGCAAAUUAUCCAGAAUGGUGUGGGAAAACCAGACCUUUAACUCCAUCUUCAUCCUGCUGGGAAUCUUCAGUCACAGCCCCACCCACACCUUCCUUUUUUCUCUGGUCCUGGGCAUCUUCUCAGUGGCCUUCAUGGAAAAUAUUGCCAUGGUUCUCCUCAUCUACGUAGACAAACAGCUCCACACCCCCAUGUACUUCCUCCUCAGUCAACUGUCCCUCAUGGACCUCAUGCUCAUCUGUACCACUCUACCCAAGAUGGCCUUCAGCUACUUGUCUGGGAAGAAAUCUAUCUCUCUGCCAGGUUGUGGAACUCAGAUAUUUUUUUAUGUGUCCCUGCUUGGAGCUGAAUGUUUCUUGUUGGCUGUCAUGGCUUACGACCGCUAUGUGGCUAUAUGUCAUCCUCUUCGGUACACCAUCCUCAUGAAUCCCAAACUCUGUGUCUUCAUGACUGUUGCUUCCUGGACCUUGGGGUCUCUUGAUGGGAUUAUAGUGCUUGCAGCUGUCCUGUCAUUUUCUUACUGUGGCUCUCUGGAAAUUCAUCACUUUUUCUGUGAUGUUGCUGCCCUUUUACCUCUAUCCUGCACAGAAACAUCUGCAUUUGAAAGACUGCUUUUCAUUUGUUGUGUGGUAAUGCUAAUCCUUCCAGUUUCAGUUAUCAUACUUUCCUAUUCCCGUGUCCUUCGAACCGUCAUCCACAUGGGCUCUGGGGAAAGUCGCCGCAAGGCCUUCACUACCUGCUCCUCCCACCUGUCUGUGGUCGGACUCUACUACGGUGCUGCUAUGUUCAUGUACAUGAGACCAGCUUCUAAACAUACACCAGAGCAGGACAAGAUGGUGUCGGCAUUCUACACUAUUCUCACCCCUAUGCUGAACCCUCUCAUUUACAGCCUCCGCAACAAAGAAGUGUUCAGGGCACUACAGAAGGUACUGAAGAAAAGGAAGUUAAUAUGA